CACGGAGGGGGCGGAAUUCUCUCAGCCAAUCAGAGGGCGCCUGUGGCGGACGGCGACUGAUACAGCGGAGGGCACGGUUGGUGGGCUUCUGACCGUGGCCCCUAGGACAGGUAAAGGACACUAUUGAGAAAACACAAUAGAAUGGCUUCUGCCCUUUGUAGCAGAGCCAGACUGGUCACCUACCUCCCUGGGUUCUGCUCUCUCCUAAGACGGGUGAGGGGGACCCGAACCUUUUCUGCUGCUGGAUCUUCAGGCUCUGAUGAACCCUACAUUGCUGCUACACCACCUGACAUACUACCCCGGACAGUUUGGCCCGAUGAAGUAAUGGGACCAUUUGGUCCCCAGGACCACCGCUUUCAGCUACCCGGAAAUGUUGGCUUUGAUGCUCAUGUGAAUGGAAUAAACAGUCAGAGGAAAGUUCAAGUACAGAAAAACUUACCAGAUCUCCUGAGUGAACCGGCCGCCAGCGAGAGGCAUGAGUUCAUAAUGGCGCAGUUUGUUAAUGAAUUUCAGGGUAAUGAAGCUUCUGUUCCGCAGCAGGAAGUAAACAGCAUGGGGACGUACUUUGAAAAUGCAAAAGUAGAGUGUGCCAUGCAGUCCUGCCCAGAACUACUGAAAAGAGAUUUUGCAUCAAUGUUUCCGGAGGUCCCCAUUAGCAACUUCAUGGUUCUAACAGUGACGCAGAGAACCGAGAAUGACAUGACCAUGUGGAGCACAGAGGUGGAGAAUGAACGAGAAGUAAUGCUGGAGAAGUUCAUUAAUGGUGCCAAAGAAAUUUGCUAUGCCCUGAGAUCUGAGGGGUACUGGGCAGACUUCAUUGACCCAUCAUCGGGCCUGGCGUUCUUUGGGCCUUACACAAAUAACACCCUGUAUGAAACCGAUGAACGUUAUCGGCAUCUUGGAUUCCGAGUGGAGGACCUGGGCUGCUGUAAAGUGAUCCGCCAUAAUGUCUGGGGGACUCACGUGGUGGUGGGGAGCAUAUUCACCAACGCUCCCGCCGACAGCACCAUCAUGAAGAAGUUAGGGGAGCUUUAACACAGAGUUUUACUUCGCAUUCAUUACCUCUAUACUUGAUGCUUUGUGUUCCUGACUCUUCACAGGGGAGGAGACUGAGCGAGUAUAUUUAAGUCAUAUGAACCUAUCACUUAUUUAUGAGAAGUCGGACCACCAGUCAAGUGAUGAUCAGCGUAAAUUAUGUGACUGGUCAAUACUUUUCCUUGUAAAUUUUAUGGCCAUUGUGAAUGGAUUCAAGAUCUUCACUGAAAUAGAUCUUUAAUAAAAGUGUUUUUUAAGUUAUACAUAA